AUGAUGGCGGUAGUGGGUUCACAUCAACCUCAGUCACCAGCCAAGCCGCAGUCUAAAGUCGUCGGAGUUAUAUAUGGAUCGUCAAUCAUCUCAGCCAUCCCGAUUCCUGAAGUCCAGGCCAUUAUCAAGAUGAAUGGAUCCUGCACUCUCAGACUUAAUGGCCAUCGAUCGACCGAGCACCCGCUGCGUCACUCGUCAAAGUCGUCGCCCACGUUUGCUAUCAUCAGCAGUCGACCUUCCCACUCGCCGGUUCAAAAUUGUCGGCUAGAUGACGUCGUCACCGAUGUCGAAUCCAGAUCGCGGCAUCGUCACCAGUCGUCGUCGCGCGGGUUCACCGCCGCCUCUAGAUCUCCACCGCCCAUCAUCGUCGGCCAAAUUAGAGGAGUCGAGAGUCAAACAAGGCGUCCGAGUCAAAAGAUGGAUGCGGGUUCUGGGUUCCCUAGUUUGAUCCGUCUGUAUCCUGAAGAGGAGUCUGAUUUUGAGGCGAGUGUGGCGUAUAGUCAUAUGCCUCCUAUUUGUUCGAAAUGCGAGAUGUUUGGCCAUAAUUGCAACAACAAUCGGUAUGAUGUGGUCCACCAGACUGGGAGCUCUCUCCAUCAGGCACCUAUUACUGACCAAAAUGAGAUAGCUGCUGAUGACAAGGAGUUUUCUCCGGUUAAGAAGAAAGGCAGGGGAGGUGGAAAAGGUGGUGGUGGGGGUCGUGGGGUCUUCGAGUUUCGCGCCGGCCUCAAAUCCAGUGUACUUUUCACAUUUGGUCUUAUUAGUGAUGAUGGGAAGGUUUGGGAGGAGUGCUGCAGUGGUCAUCGGGUCCCAAGAGAGAUGCUGGAAAUGGGAAUCAAGUGUCUUUGGAUUCUCUGAUCUGAAAGGUGGUUCUGCGACCUCAACAAAGGGGUUGACGAGAUAAGGAGCAUCAGGAGUAGAUGCAGGUGUCAAGUUUACUUGACAGCAGCUAAGAAGAAGAAGAAGUUCUCUGUUCUGGAAUUGAAGAACAAAACGAAGGAAGAAGAACAGAGCAAAACGGCAGCGUUCAAGACAAAGAAGAUGAAGCAGAGUGAAACG